AUGAGUCAGAGCUUAUUCAAUUCGACAAUUGAUGCGAUUCGUCUAGUCGAGCAGUACGAAAGGGAUGAGGCCCUCGCCCGACAACUUCAGAAUUCUGAAAAUCCAGGCCAGGCUCAAAGUUCGUCAAGGACCGGUUUUGGAGGGAACACUCGAAUUACCACGGAGUUGCCGCCGAUAAAUGAGGGCGUUAUUGAUUUGACAGGAAGCGACGAUGAAGAAGACGAGGACGAGUCGACGGACAUAAGUCACAAUACGGCAGCGGAAUCUGAUGCGUCCAACGCACAGAUAGAGAAUUUGGAAGCCAGGGCCUGGGAACGGAGAAGGCCAAUCCAACGGAUAAAUGCCAUGAACCGGCGAAUGAUGCAAGAGCCGGUAGAACACGAUACACGCCCAAGUACUAGCCGCACAGAUCGUCAAAGUGAUCCUCAAGAUAACAAUAUCGGGCUUCGUCAAGCAGCGCUUCAGACAGCGACUCCCGGAACAUCUCGACAGGGUCCCUCGGUGAGGAUAUUCCGUCGGAACGCUGCUGAGCGUCGAAUCGAGCCUUUCCCCAGCGCUCCUCGUAGACAUCAACAUAAUUUGGCAUCAAAUAGAUUACUUCCUCCUUCCGUCACUUCGAAUAGCGGCGCUUGUUCUGCAACUGUUUCGAGUCACAAUAGCAUCGGACUUCGUCAAGACCAGAUCAAGCGCCUUCCGUCCCAGUCGCUGGACGAGACACUCGCAGGCGACACCUGUCCAGUUUGCAUGGACGAAAUGUCGACCGACAACACUGUUCGACGUCUUCCAUGUCUACACGUGCUGCACAAAGGCUGCAUCGAUCCAUGGCUGAAGAAGAGCAAAGAAUGUCCGAUCUGCAAGUUCGACAUUUCCUCCGCGAUCCAUUUGAAGGAAUUUCCAGAGUUUUCUCAUCUUCAAUCGUAUGAGGAUAUUUACAACUACUCGAUAAGCAACCACGAAGAGUUUUGGGCAACUGUAGCAAGAUCUUCCCUUUCGUGGGAGAAACCGUUCACGAUUGCUGGGAACUCGAAUUUUUCAGAAGGAAGAAUCUCAUGGUUUCCAGAUGGAGAACUAAAUGCUUCAGUGAACUGCGUCGACAGACAUGCCCAAGAGGAUCCAGAAAGGACGGCUUUUAUUUGGGAAGGGGAUGAUCCCGAUCAAGUGGAGCGAAUUUCCUAUGGAGAGCUUCUGACUUUGGUCAACAAGAUCGCGAAUGUGUUGAAAGACGCAGGUGUUCAAAAGGGCGACGCUGUUUCCAUCUACCUCCCAUCUUGUAUUCAGGCGGCAGCAGUGAUGAUUUCCUGCGCAAGAAUCGGUGCUCCACACGCAGUCGUCUUUGCCGGCUUCUCAGCUGAUGCUUUAGCAGACAGAAUCAACGACUGCGGAGCGAAAGUUUUGAUUACAAUGGACGGCAGCAUGCGAGGAGGAAAAACAGUGCCGCUGAAGGAGAUCGCCGACAGUGCCAUUCAAAACUGUCCCGGGCUGGAAAAAUGCUUUGUUUUCAAUCGCAUUGGAAAGAAAACUGGAGCCUUUCUUAAAAAUAAAAUUGAUGUUGACAUGGAUGAUGCAAUAAGAUUUUCCAACUCAACAUGUGAACCUGAAAUCGUCAAUGCCGAGCACCCCCUUUAUUACUUGUACACUUCCGGCAGCACGGGAAAGCCAAAGGGGCUGGUUCACACAACGGGAGGAUACCUAGCUCACUGCGCUCUCGCUCAUAAGCACGCUUACCAGUGGAAAGAGGGCGACAUUUUCGGCUGCAUGGCCGACAUUGGCUGGGCCGUCGGCCACGGAAUCUCAAUCUAUGGCAAUCUUGUAUCAGGCGGGACUGAACUUCUUUUCGAGUCCUUGCCGACAUUUCCUGAUCCAGGGCGAUAUUGGAGCAUGGUGGAAAAGUAUAAAAUCAACCAGUUCUUUUCCGCGCCGACUGCUUACCGAAUGCUUAUGCAGUCGGGAAAUGAAUGGGUGGAAAAGUACGACAGAAGCAGUCUCAAAACGAUCAUGGUUGCUGGAGAAAUGUGCAAUGAAGCCGCUUGGUGGUGGCUACACGAUGUUGUCGGCGAGGGAAAAGCUACUGUAAUUGAUUGCUGGUGGCAAACAGAAACCGGCAACUGCAUGCUCACGCCUUCGCCAGGUCCUGUCGGGGAAACACUAGCCCCAAGCAAAUGCACCCGAGGAUUCUACGGUGUUGAUCCUGUCCUUGUCGAUGAACAAGGGAAGGAAAUCUCCGCGAAUGAGAAAAAGGGCGAUCUCUGCAUUCGCCACCCUGUGCCUGGAAUGGCAAGAGCCAUCUACAAGGAUGAGGAGCGCUUCAUCAAAUCAUAUUUCAAGCGAUAUCCGGGAAUGUACGAAACUGGCGACGCGGCUAUUCGAGAUUCGAAAGGCCGAUUGCAAAUUACUGGCAGAGUUGAUGAUAUCAUCAACAUUGCUGGGCACCGGAUCUCGACGAAGGAAAUUGAAGAAGUUGUUCUGUCAAACAAAAAUGUCUCCGAAGGCGCUGUUAUUUCCAUUCCACACGAAAUCAAAGGCGAAACUACAGUCGCUUUUGUCGUACCACUCGACACCAAAAUGAAUAGUUCAAGUGAGAGUAAACUGAGGGAAGCUUUAACCGCAGAUAUAUCCCUGCAAAUUGCAAAAUUCGCCGUCCCAAGUGCAAUUUAUCUGGUGCAAGCGCUUCCGGUCACGCGAUCGGGCAAGCUCAUGCGCAGAAUUCUCAGAUCUCUGGCCGUCGAGAGCGAAGAACUAGGUGACACGUCCACAUUAGUCAACCCAAUUUCCGUCGAAGAAAUAAAGAAAACAAUCGCGGAAAAGUCAAACUGA